AUGUCCCGUGCUAUUUCCUCCACUCAGGUACUUAUUGGCACUGAAGUUGUUCCAGGCACCGUAAUUUUUCUGAUUGAAUCAGGCAAAAUUCUCUACAUUGAGUCAGGAAAGCAGCUUGAAGUCGACGAUCCGCUUCUUGAGCUCUAUAACGUAUUACCGGUAGACCACAGAGAUGUUUCACCAUUGGUAGUUAUGCCUGGUUUGGUGGAUGCUCAUGUCCAUCUUAACGAGCCGGGAAGAACAGAAUGGGAAGGUUUUGCAACGGGAACAAAGGCUGCUGCUGCUGGCGGUGUCACCACAGUGAUAGAUAUGCCUCUCAAUGCCAUUCCACCCACUACGACAAUUGCUAACUUUAAUCUCAAGAUCGAUGCUGCGAAAGAUCAGACUUGGGUUGAUGUAGGAUUCUGGGGAGGAUUGGUUCCAGACAAUUUGCACCAUUUACGUCCCUUGAUUUCAAUGGGUGUUAGAGGGUUCAAGGGGUUUAUGAUCGAAAGUGGAGUAGACGAGUUUCCAGCUAUAGAUCCCAGCUAUAUAGUAAAGGCAAUGGAGCGAGUGGAAGGUCAGAAGACGGUGUUGAUGUUUCAUGCUGAAAUGCAACCUGUGGAGCCUCUUUCGGGUGAUAUAGAGUCUAUCAGCUUGGGAAUGUCUGCUUCUUUUAUCCAACGAGCCCCCAAACCGGUGGUAGAGUUGUUGUCGAUGGACGGAAGCGGAAACUGUCAGGAAGAGCAUGAAAACUGCCACUUGCCUCACAACCACGCCGGUUCCAUUGAUCACAAAGUCUUAUCAGAUGCUCAGGCUACAGCCUUGGCCAAAAGUCCGAUCUUAGCAGCUGUCGAACCCACCUUUGGAAAGUUUGCCAGAAAGGCUAACCACUUUGAUUCGCCUUUUUUCAGGGCUGUAGAAGAAAAGCCCUUGGAUUCUCCUCUCUUGAUAGCCCAGAGUGAAGACGCCCUUUUGGAAGAUAUCGACCCAACAGCCUACGCAUCAUUUUUGGCUUCAAGGCCCGACAACUUUGAGACUACGGCUAUUGCAGAAAUCAUCAACUGCUCUACAAAGUUUCCUACUGUUCCUUUGCACAUUGUACAUUUGGCCACUCAUGAAGCUGUUCCGUUGAUCAGAGCAGCCAAAGCCAAGGGUUUGCCUAUCACCGCGGAAACAUGUUUCCAUUACUUGUCGUUGUACGCCGAGUCCAUUGCUAACUGCUCCACUCAUUUCAAGUGCUGUCCACCCAUAAGAACUAACGAUAAUAGAAAGCUUUUGUGGCGAGCACUUAGAAAUGAUAUCAUCACCACUGUGGUCUCAGACCACUCGCCUUGUACUCCAGACUUGAAGGGUUUAGAAAAGGGAGACUUCUUCGAGGCCUGGGGAGGUAUCUCUUCUGUGGGUUUUGGAUUGCCGAUAUUGUACACUGAGGGAAAGAAGUUGUCCCCUCCAAUUACCUUUGCUGAGAUCAACAAAUGGUGUUCGCUCAAUACUGCCAAGCAAGUUGGUUUGAGUCACAGAAAAGGUAAGCUUGCUGUAGGCUAUGAUGCUGACUUGUUGGUUUUUGAUCCUAACGACAAGUACAUUGUCCAGAAUCAAGACACCUACUUCAAAAACAAGUUGACCGCCUACGCUGGAAAGGAAUUCCUGGGCAGAGUCAUCGAAACCAUUGUUGGAGGUAAUUCUGUGUAUGCUUUUGGAAAAGGGCAUUCUGAUGUUCCAAUGGGUAAGUUAAUCUUGGAGCCAAGAUUUGCAUAA